GAUAAUUGCCCACAUCCACAUCCACCCACCCACCCACACCCCCCUCGUGGGAAUGCUCCGUACACCCACCUCCCUACCUUUCCAUAAACAAUAAAUGGGUCAAUGUCAUAUCAAAACACAAACACAAAGUCUGAAUGACUAGGAGACGAGACGAGGAGACUAGAUCCUCAUCUACUCCAUACCUACCUCAGCCUACCUAGAACUACCAUCCAUUCCCACGGGUCUGAGUUCUGAAAGGUCUGAGAGGUCUCGUUCACAUUAACACUCUUUUGGAAUCUUCCGCUUUCUCUCAAACUUCACUUCAACUUCCCCCCCUCCCCCCCAUUGCCAAACCUUCAAACCUUCUGACUUGUUCAUUGUCUUCUCUCUUCCAAUCGCCAGAAUCCACUCGUCAAUCGAUAUCAAUCUUCAUCAACCAGCAGGACCCAUUUCCAGCCAGUUAGACCUCCAGAAUAGCCACCCCCAGACACUUCCGAUAACCCCCUUCACCGUCGUACCCCGUCACGUACAUCACUCCGCCCUCUUGUCAAACAUUGCUCCCACAUCCUACACUACAUACAUACAGACUACUACAUACAUACAUACAUACAUACAUACAUACAUACAUACAUCCAUCCAUCCAUCCACCCACCCACCCACUCACCCAUCCAUCCAUCCAUCCAUACAUAUCGUUUGGAUGCAACAACUCAAUAUCAACCCAUCCAUCCAAUCACUAAGAAAAACAGUUCGCGACACGAUCCAGAACUCCCAACCACGCAUUCAAGUCUUCAAUCAUCCAUACAUUUCUCCCACCGCCGCGCACACUUUUACUUGCUUACCUACCUAUACACAUAACUACGUGGUCCAUUGGAAAACGCAUAACUUUCCAAAACGUCCACGUAUGAUUCCAAGUUGUGAACAAGUUACUUGUGCAGUCUCCUCCCCCAAGUAUCUCUACAUCAAUUCAUCCGAAAGAAAAAGAGAAGAAUUGCCUUCAUAUUAUGUUGUCAAUUGCACGUCAAACUCGCACCCGUUUUAAUUGAACAAGUACACUCGCUCAUCGACACCACGCA